GAUUUUAAAAAUAAACAAGCAACUUAUUUAUCUAAUCUCGGUCAAAAGGAGACCCUACGAGAAAGACCUUUGAGCUUUGUGUUUGCACUGACCAAAAGCUGGUAGAUUAAUGCAGGCCUAGAAGAAUAUUAAAAAGAACAAUAACAUUAAGUAAAUAUUUAAAUAUUGAAAGUAGGCCUGCCUAAUAAAUGUCAUGCGCCUAUUUAAAAUUUAGCCUUAAAACUAAAAUCAUGACAUUAAUAUUUUGUCUGUGUCAAGCUUGGCUAUUUUUUUAAAAAGUUAAUCAUUCAAUUAUUUCAAUGACCAUAUAUUUAUAUUUAAUCAAAUUUUAAUUUCAUUCAUUAUUUUAUAUUUGGAACAGCUGUGUGGUGGGUGUAGUGAAGACCUAAUGCCUAAUGAAAAUAGGCCUUAAAAAGUACAUUUACAUAGUUAUAAUCUGUACUUGAGUACUGAUGUACUGUAGGCCCUGCCCUAAUUGUAAGCCUACUAGUUAUGUAAACAUAGUUAAUAUAGUAAUUUACAAAAUAAUUGUAUGCUCAGUAGCCAAAUUAAAUAGUAUUAACUAGGUCCUUUAUAUAUACUUCAUAAUUUGCUAUUAAAUCUAAAAACAACCUUAUGCCUACCUUAAACCUUAAUUUAAGUUAAAGUAAGUAUUAUCAAAAUAUUAAUAAUUAAUUAAUAGGCAUAGGUGAACAGUGAAGGUGUAACACUUGUGUUGCGUUUGUCUUUUAUGUAUUAUUAUAAGUAAUAAUACUGGUUAUGGCAUGUAAAAUAUGAAAAAGCUUGUUGAAAUUUUGUCUUAGUAAGACUUAACUUUAGGCAUUUUAGGCGUCAUAAUUUCUUAUUGACUAAUUUGUUCAUUCAUAAUUCAAUUAAAAAUGUUACCAUCAUACUUUGUGGGGAUGAACCCUUGUCCCAGGACGUUUGCCAAUUAUUUCGUGUGAUUUGGAUUAUGCAAAAUAGGUUUUAAUUAAACCAACAAAGUUAGAGCUAGAAAAAUUUAUAUUUAUGCAAGCCCAUCACUUUAACAAGAAGUUAAGCAGCGUAUGCAUAACCUUUCGUCAACAAUAAUUUAUAAAAAUUUCAAUAUGUUUGAAACUUCAAAGUAAUUUCAACUAAGCAUUUUUAAAGCAUAAAAGGUGUGCCUUUUAAUAAUUUUAAUAAAUAGGGGCUUCAAUUAAUUAUGUCAAAAUUUUUUUAAGUGAAUUUUUACAAACAUCCCCCCCCCCCGUAAACAACUGUCAAGCCUUCUAAGACCCCCGAAAUUGUCAAAAAAUUUUUACCCAGUACCCCUGCCAAAAAGCAAAACCUAAAAACAAUAUAAAAGGUUUGUCUUUUAAUAUUUUAAAUAAAUAGGGGCUUCAAUUAAUUAUUUCAAAAUUUUUUUAAGUGAAUUUUUAAAACCCCCCCCCCCCCCCCGUCAACAACUGUCAAGCCUUCUAGGACCCACGAAAUUGUCAAAAAAUUUUUACCCAGUACCCCUGCCAAUAAGCAACACCUAAAAACAACCAAAUGUAUAUGUAACUGACACAUUGAUGUGCUACAACAAACUCUACAAGUUCCAGUCUCAUGCAUUUAGAAUUGCAUCAUAACCAGAGAAAUGUUCCCUGGCAGUCAGUCAACUAUUUUUCGUUCCUGUCCCCUUUUUAUCAUCUAUCAAAUUUGGGUUUCCAUCCCCAAUAGUUAUUAAUUUAACACUACAACUAAUGUCUAGUGACUCCAAACUACAAAACACUUUAAAACUUUUAGUAAAAAUUAUUUUUUAAGUCACGUGAAAGACUUACGCUAAGAUUUAACUUGACUGUAUAUAUCACAGACGCCUUUUUUUUUAUUUCUUAGUUUCCAUAUUUAUUAUGAUCAUGAAAGAACUUAUAAGAAGAAUGGGUGGGCAUGUUAACCUUUUUUUUUUUUAUUUCAGGCUUCAACUUAAGAAAUGGCCACACAAGUCUUAGAUUAUCGUCUUGACAUUGAUGAAAAGAACUUUAAAGCAGAGAGCUAUUUCCCAGGAAUCGCUUAUGAUGAUUAUGACAGAGAAGGUUUACAUUUCAUUCAUAAACGUUAUACUGCUUACACUAAUAUGUAAAGAAUUUUUUUAAAAUAUAUUAUGGUUACAUGAUGCAUGACUUAUAAACUUACCCCUGACAAUUUUUAUCAGUAUUCUUCCAAGUAUUUACUAUGAGUAAUGAGCAAUUUUUAUUUUGAAAAUAAUAGUUUCUUACAAAAUUAAUUAAUUAUGAAGCAUAUUAAAAGAGUAGAAAAGUAUUUGAGAUAAUAUAUUAAAAUGUUACAGAAAGUCUUGUUUGUAAAAUCACUCAGACUUGAUAAAAUUUUGAUUUCAGGAGGCAUAAGUCCAUGGAAGAUCUGCAGAAUGUUUGAAGCUGGGAGAGUGGUCCCAUUUUUACAGGGUAACUUUCUAGAUUACUUGAACCUCUGCUCCAAGAAUUUUGGCAUAUUCGUCCUGGGUGGCGACUACUACUUCGAUUCUUGUUUGUGGGAAGUAACCCGAAGAUAUCAUUAUUUUCCAUACAAAGUAAGCAUGUCGAUGCAAUAAAAUAAGCUUUAAUCAUUUGUGAUCACAAUGGGAGGAAAAUAAAAAUUGCUUUACAAAUUUACUAUUAUAUUUCUCGAUUCUACAUAAUUUGCUUCAAAAUAAAUUAUAUAAAAAUUAUAUCUGACAUUAGAUUUAAAGUUAUUAGUUGUUUAUUGCAGGUCUGCACAACAUAUGGCCCGCUUGGCCGCCCACAAAGUAACGAAAUAUUCUUUAUUAUUAUUAUUUUCUUAAUAGCUUUCCCCAGUCCUAUCAUCUUUUGGCCCGCACAAAAAGUUUUUCAUUAAGUAUUACGGCCAGCACAAGCUUUUCAUAAAUUAUUACGGCUGGCCUUACCUUUUGAAUUGUGCAGGCCUGGUUUAUGGUGAUCUGUAACAAUAUGAAGUUCUAAUUUCAUUUGAUGCAUACAAUAUUUUAAUUCAUAAAUAAGAAAUUGGCACCAUUGGUUGUGGCACCACUUGCUUUAACAGAGGGAAAUAAUUCUAUUUGGGUGAUCAAAAAAAUAUAUUUUUUAAAAUCUUUAAUCUAGUUUUCAUUCAAUGAUUUCUGGGGCAGAAAUACCCUGCAAAAAUAUAUUGAUGAAUGAAAAAAAUAACAGCAAAUACUUUAUAUUGCUGUAAACUGUAACAAUAUAAAUUAAUAAGAUUAAUUUUAAAAGAUAUUACAAAGUAUGCCACCUCGAAUAAUGUCAAUUCUUCAUGUCUAUACAGAUUUCUAUAGAACUGAUAAAUGUGGGUCAGACAUCAAUGACAAUCAGGGAGGUGCUGACCAAUCUACUUGAUAACAAGGAAAUUGCCACAUUCUACGGAACUGUGGUCUACGUGGAUAAACUGGCCAAACGUUCACAGCCCCUGCCCUACUGGCAUAGAACAAAAUACCAAGGUGCUGCGUCCUCUGAGAAAGUUCAGUUAGAUUCUUCUGUCACAAAAGCACCCGAUAAAGCUUUUAAGGUGAAAUUAUGAAACAUUGAAAUGGUCCUUCAUAGUUUUAUUUGAUCUUUCUGGUUUAUGUAAUGUGGUUGUUGAAUGGUAAAUGGUGGUUUGAGGAUAAUGCCAGAAAGUCUGAUUAUUAAUAUGUAUACAGGCAUGCCGUUAGAUGGGAUGGUAAAAUUAUUAUUUUUAAAAUAAAAAUUCAUGGUUUUCCUGUUUAAGGGACAAAAAUUAGUUUCUGAAAAAUCUUAUUUGAUCAAAUCAUGUAAUGCUUUUCUUUUUUGUAAUGAUGUGAAUCAUGAAUAAAUCCAAAUAUUCAAAGCAUGCUAAAUAGAGCCUACCUUUGUCAAUUAGGUAAAAACACUGAUUGCUGCCAGUGACACAGAUCUUAAUGGCCACACAAACCAAGCAAGUUAUGUCAGGUCAGGUUAAUUUCAUGAUGAAACCCUUUUUUGAUAUUAUAGUUUAAUACAGGGAGGAGAAUGUUUCUUUGAUUUAUUAGCAUUUUACUUAAAGACACUUAGGAAAAGUUGGAUUUAAUAAAAUAAUAAUGAGUAUUUCCAACACUUCUUUAUAGCAAAACAAAACCGAAAAAUGCCGCUUUGAAAAAAAAAUGAAUGUUUAAAUCGUGUGAUAUUUUUGCCAUUACUAUCAUCAGAAUUAUAAAGAAGGGGUCACCAGAGACAAGGCAAAUCAUGUAGUCCAAACAUCCUUAAAUUUUGUAUUUACAACAUAAUUGUUUUAAAAAUUGUUAAGAAAUGUUACUAAAAGCUUCUUUUAAAAAAAAAUAUUUAAACCCUCUAUGUAAUGAAAACUUGAUCUGUUUUUUUUCAGAUUUUGUUUAGAUGCAGCAGAGGCUGCUAGACGGGCGAAUCACUUGAAACUCUUAACAAGAGAUAUUUGCAGAUAUCCCAUCCUGAAACUUAGCACCUCGUAUCGAAGAGAGACUUUGGCAGGUGAAGCCAUUACAACUUCAGUGUGGCAGGAUGAUACUACACCCACGGUGAUCCACUUUGCACUACAUUGUGGCGAUACCUUGGCAUUCACUGCAUGUGUGACAUUCAAGCCAAAGGCAUGCUCCAGGCUUUAGCCUUGAUUGAAUUAGUUGACUGAGUUGACAAUAAAAAAACUUACAAUAAGUCCACCAUUAUAAAAUGGUAGAUUUUCAUUUACACAGAAAAAGUCUGGUCUAUGGAUAGAAAUUCAGACAAGUAUUUAUAUCCAGUAUCCCAGCUCAUUCAUUGUUUGAAACAAAUAUGGCGUCACAUAGGCAAUUGGCUUAUUAAUAUCAUAGAAUAUAUGGUGUAACGUCAAUUAACAAAUUCUCAAGAAAUUUUAUUCUUAACAAAUAAAUGCUGAACUCUUUACUAUUUUCUUUUCAAAAACAGCUUUUGAACUGACCAUUUUUAAAAAUGUAACAAAAAUUUUAAAGAUACAUAUUUUUUGGCUUCCUCCUGCCAUUUCUGUUUGGGUCAUUUCAACAUGAAAAAAUUGAAAUAAUUUGAAAUGAAUUGGAUAGCUCUAUGUCGUCUAUAACAUUUUAAAAAACUUAAAUAUUUAAAAUUGUGAUUUAAAAGAAAAUAAAAUGGGUUCGAAGGACGUAAUAUUACAUAAAAAUUGUAUCGAAGCAGCAUUGAUCUCACAUGCUAUUCAUAUCAUUUUUUUAUUCUCUCUACCCAAACAAUAUGCAUUACAUUCAUACACUCGUUUUAACCCAAAAGAGACAAACUGAAUGUAUGUUCCAAAAACAUUCAUUAUGACGUGCUGAAACCAGCACCGAAUGUCUUGUAUCUAUCCGAAUGUCUUGUAUCUCUAUACCUUUUUAGGUUUAAUUCUCAAAUUCAAAAUUAAAAAGUGUUGAAUGAAUAAAUUUAAAAAGUUGCACACAUUUUUGACUUGUCCUUAUUUUUAUAAUGUUUUUAGUAGGUUUAUUUUAUUAAAUUAUUCUGGUUAACUUACUUAAAGCAGUCAGUUUCUAAAUAUUAUUAAACAAGGGCUUGUUGAAAUGAAGUGACAGAUGACAAUGAAACCAAAGUUUCUUUUUUCAACCUUAGUUUACUUAAAUGGUUAGAAAGGGACUUUCUAAUCUCUCUGGGUGACAUUGACCAAAUAAUUCCAAGAAAUUAAAAUUUGUUCCACUGUUUAACUUACUGCUUAUAAAAUGAGUAGAUUUUGAUUUUAAGCAACAUCUCAAGUCAUCAAAGAUGAAAAGAAAUAAAACAAAUGAGAACAGCAAUACCUCAAAGUUGUGCUGUGUAUGGUUCGGGCGUAAGUCGUAAGUGGACAUAGCUGAAGUCGGGAUAAAGAUGGACCUACAUACUCCUCUGACAUAAUUUAAUUAUGCC